AUGUACGGGGACAUGGGAGUCAAAUUGGUCCAACAUGCGAAACGGACACAGAACCUUGCCCAUCUCCCACCCUACCAGACGGAGCUCGUGCGAGCCGUGACGAGAGAGGUCCGGGACCUCGACAAGGAUGUGGCAGACCUGCUGGAGCCGUUCCAAGGCUCGUUCGAUCCGGCCGCCGAUCAGGCUGUCGCCUGUACGCUCCUCGUGAACCAUCUCUCCAUGCGCCGCAACAAGCGAUGCCUGUUGGCGUACCACAGGACGCGGACGGACAAGCUUGAGGAGCUCGUAUGGAACGGUUCCGACGUCGUCGACCUGUCGGGGCAGCAGCUGCGCGAGUCUGCCGGCGGUGCCAACGGAGCAUCCGCGGCAGGCGCUGAGGGGCCGACGAGCAGCUUGAGCCCGCAGGAGGAGGACUACGUCCGGCAGUACAGCGACCUCCUGGCCGCAUACAAGGGGCAGUGGACAGACAUUGACUUGACGGGCAGUCUCGAACCCCCGAGAGACCUCUUCAUCGAUGUCCGCGUGCUCAAGGACGCUGGCGAGAUCCAGACAGAAUACGGAGCAAUUACGUUGACAAAGAACAGCCAAUUUUACGUGCGGCAGGGCGACGUGGAGCGACUUAUUGCCCAGGGGUACCUGCAGAAACUGAGUUGA